AUGGGGUGUCAUCUAAAUUGUGGCUUGCUGACUGUGGCAAUCAUCGGAGCAGGGCUGGCUAUCCUGGGAGGAAUUCUGAUCCCGGUUGGGAAACACUUCGUUGACAAGAAAAUAAAAGAGGAAGUUGUCAUCAAAAAUGGUACAAUCGCCUACGAUAACUGGGUUGUUCCUGGAAGUACAUUUUACCGAGAAUUUUGGUUUUUUGAUGUCCAAAACCCAGAGGACGUUAUGGAGAGUGGGUCUCCUCCGAUACUGAAGCAGAAAGGCCCGUACACUUACAAGAUGCGAUACAUUCCCAAAGAAAACAUCGUGGAACACGAAGAUGGCACCGUGUCUUACGUCCAGCCGAAUAUUAUCGUUUUUCAACCCGAUAUGUCAGUUGGGCCGGAAAAUGACACUUUCACCACCGUCAACUUAGCUGUUGUGGCUGCCCCUGCCUUGUAUAAGAAUGGAUUGGUUCAAAGGAUGAUGAACGUUUGGAUGAAAUCAACACAAUCACAAUUCCUCCAAAGGCGGACAGUGAAAGAAAUUCUUUGGGGCUAUGAAGAUCCUUUCUUGAGAAAAAUCCCCAUUAUAAAAAUCGACACCGUUGUUGGCCUCUUCUAUCCUUACAAUGGGACCUUUGAUGGCCCUUACCGGAUUUAUAGUGGGAAAGACGAUAUAAACAAGAAAGGAAUUAUCGUCACUUUCAACAAUAGCAGAACGCUCCAAUACUGGAAAGGCUAUUGUGGCAUGCUGAAUGGCACAGAUGGGACGUCCUUCCACCCUUUUGUCAAAAAGAGUGAAGAGCUGUAUUUCUUCUCCUCCGAUGUUUGCAGGUCCCUCUACGGAAGAUUUGAUCGGGAGGUGACCGUGAAGGACAUCCUCCUGUAUCGCUUCGGCAUCCCUUCCUCAGCUUUCGCUUCCAGCCAGACCGUUCCUGAUAAUCUCUGUUUCUGCCUCGAUCGGGAAAUCCAGAGGAACUGCACCCUGAGUGGACUUCUCGAUGUCAGCGGCUGCAAAAAAGGGAAACCAGUCUACCUCUCCAUGCCCCAUUUCCUGGAAGGAAGUCCCUGGGUUUUUGACUACGUGAAGGGCAUGGAGCCAAACAAGGAGGAACACACCACCUUUCUGGAUGUGGAACCGAGCAGCCACGCCCAGUUCAUUCGAGGGUCCAACCCUCUAAUCACCAGCAAUUAA